GGCGUCUUCACUGCCUACGCCAGUUCCGCGUGGAGACUGACCCUUAGCCAUUUCCUUUCCUGUCUGGAGUUUUCUGCUCAGUCACUCCUUCCCCGGGGACUCCGUGGAGGCGGAACUACUGUGUCAGAAGCAGUAGUUUUCAGGGGAAAGUUGUGGUCGGAUUGACAAGAGGGCGGGCAGUGGGCGGGACUUCCGGCCCGCUCUUCCGUCAGCUGCCUUUCCCGGGCGUCUCCCCGCAACCUCCUCGACUUCCCUUGUCCGUGACGCGGCGCCCGGCGGAGGUCCGACGGGACGGGGGCCCGGGGAGCUUAGGCUGCAGUUAGAAGAUGGACAUACAGAGUUCAGCCAAAGUCAAUACGAGGAAGAGGAGGAAAGAGGCACCUGGACCCAAUGGGGCAACAGAGGAAGACGGAAUUCCUUUUAAAAUGUCGCGCUGUGCAAUUGGCUUACGGCAGCCAGCCCCUUUUUCUGAUGAAAUUGAAGUAGACUUUAGUAAGCCCUAUGUCAGGGUAACUAUGGAAGAAGCCAGCAGAGGAACUCCUUGUGAGCGGCCUGUGAGAGUUUAUGCAGAUGGAAUAUUUGACUUAUUUCACUCUGGUCAUGCCCGGGCUCUGAUGCAAGCAAAGAACCUUUUCCCUAAUACAUACCUCAUUGUGGGAGUUUGCAGUGAUGAGCUAACGCACAACUUCAAAGGCUUCACAGUGAUGAAUGAAAAUGAGCGCUAUGAUGCAGUGCAGCACUGCCGCUAUGUGGAUGAGGUGGUGAGGAAUGCCCCCUGGACCCUGACACCGGAGUUCUUGGCAGAACACCGGAUUGAUUUUGUAGCCCAUGAUGACAUACCUUAUUCUUCUGCUGGGAGUGAUGAUGUUUAUAAGCACAUCAAAGAAGCAGGCAUGUUUGCUCCAACACAGAGGACAGAAGGUAUCUCCACAUCAGACAUCAUCACCCGAAUUGUCCGGGACUAUGAUGUGUACGCGAGACGGAACCUACAAAGGGGCUACACGGCCAAGGAGCUCAACGUCAGCUUUAUCAACGAGAAGAAAUACCACUUGCAGGAGCGGGUUGACAAAGUAAAGAAGAAAGUGAGAGACGUGGAGGAAAAGUCAAAAGAAUUUGUUCAGAAGGUAGAGGAAAAAAGCAUUGACCUCAUUCAGAAAUGGGAGGAGAAAUCUCGAGAAUUCAUUGGAAGUUUCCUGGAAAUGUUUGGUCCAGAAGGAGCACUGAAACAUAUGCUGAAAGAGGGGAAAGGCCGGAUGCUGCAGGCCAUCAGUCCAAAGCAGAGUCCCAGCAGCAGCCCCACUCGUGAACGCUCCCCCUCCCCCUCUUUCCGAUGGCCCUUCUCUGGCAAGACUUCCCCACCUUCCUCCCCAACAAACCUCUCCAGGCACAAGGCUGCAGCCUAUGAUAUCAGUGAGGAUGAAGAAGACUAAUUUUUCAUCCCUCCUUUCCUCUCCCCUCCCUCUGCCCCAUCACCUUCAGAAGCUCUUUGUUGAAUUCCAAAUUGUGAUCCCAACACUAAACGUAAGGACAGCUACAAACGAAAGACAAUUGGGGCAAGAGGACCUAGGAUGAGGAGACCAGACAGCGCGUCCUCCAAGAGACAUCACCCACCCAUACCAAGAAGGAGGCUGACUACACCUUAGAAGCCUGUUCUGCAUCCAUAUACCCUCCCCAUGGACUUUGCUUUACUGUUUAUGUUCAUGUGAUCUUGACAGGGAAAUUGUCAUUUUUAUUAAUUUUUAAAAAAUUAAUCUUUCAAAUAUAGUAAGGAGAACUAAUUUUUUGCCCUUGAGGAGUGGGCAGAAGGAAGUGGUAUAAUACCCAGAGACCUUUUCUUCCUGAUACACUGUGGUGUUUGCCUCUUCUUCUGAGGCAAACUGGCUUGCCAAAUCCUUCAAGCAAUGAGCCAUGCUGAUGGAUGAUUUGGGGGGGAAAUAUCAUAAUUUUGGUUACCUUCAAGAAAAGCUAAAAGCUGAGUUACAGUCACAAAUCCUCUAAAUGUACUGCUGAUACAUGUGUCAGUGUGGCUGUGGGAAGAAGGAGAUCUGAGCCUAACUUUUCUUACUCCCUGAGGAGUUUCUUGUUGGACCCAGUGGGGUCCAUGAAGACACUGAUGGGGAUGGAACCAGACCACAUGGCAUCAGCUGCAGCUUUUCUGCUGUGUUCAUCUUCUCAGAAAAUGUCUUGCCCAGUUAUUUGGGAGCUCUUGUCAAUCUCUUUUCUGCAAUCUACUUUUAAAGGAAGGAACACUUUCUGGGUUACUGUGAUUGAGGAGGGGAGUGGGACAAUACUCAAUCAUAUACCAAGUCAGUUUAGAUUAAUUUUUCUGCUGGGAGUAAGUCUCUGGCCCUGCUACUGCUAUUUCAGUGCUUAUUACCUAGCUUUUUACAAAGAAUACUUUGUAAAUGUCUGCAGUUUGAACAUGAUCUGUUAAUCCAUGUUGCUGAUAGCCAUAUUGAACAUUUAGAGAGAUGUGCACAGAACAUAGACACAAAAGUGUAAGUAAACAACCCCCCUUUCUAAAGCCUUAUCUUGACCUCUGCCCCUCUUAAGAAUGUUCUUAACUGGAACCAGUGCUCCAUGCAGUGUUUCUUUUCCUCAGAGUUGCAGCUGACAGAGACUUCCCUUCACUGCCCCUCCAGCAGGCCACAAAGCAUGGGUUCACAUUACAAGAGUAUGGUAGGGUCUCUCCCUCUCCAUGUGUGCCUGGUGGUUAUGGUUCUACCUCCCCUAUUAACGUUGCCCAGGGGGAUUCACCUCUUCAAUUUCACAUCAGAGAAUGCUGAAACCUAACACUUGCUGUUGAGCAUGAGCUCAUUUAAACCUCCAGCAUCCUACAGCUACAUGACCUCGCAGAACAUCAUCCACAGUAAUCCUGUAGCUGGGUUCAGGGGAAAAUUGCUUAUGUCCAAGCCCCACCCCGUCACUCAUAAAUACCCCUUGUGGGGGUGAAGUUUUAGUGUUUUCAGCUAAGAAAACCACAUUUCAUCUUUUCUUGCCUCUCUGCUAGGGCUAUGAGGAUCUCAUAGUCCCCUUCAUAAAAACUUUCUGAUAAAACCUACUCUUCUGCCUAAGGGUCAAAGGCUAGAAUCACUGCCUGCCUGCACAGCAGGACUACCUAUGUCCUUAAAACUCAGAUCACCCAGAGAGUCAGAGUAUGACAGAGUAGAGGGACAAAGAGGGGGAAACCUCUUGUCCUGAUGGCCUAUGAAAACUACAUUUCUAACUCUCUUCAUGAAGUGCUAUCUUUACUAUCAAAUCUAGUUUACACGAGCUUUGGCUUGGAAUCCUUUUUUUGAAACAGUUGGAGUUAAUGUUUUCUUAUAUUACCCAGCUUCAUAUGAUCACAUAUUUUAACUUUUCUGCUUCAGUCUUCCCUCUUGGAAUUCUGCCUGUUUUUGUCUUAUUCUCCCUGGUAUAGAAACGCGAUGCAGUCACCACUGAAGCCCACUUACUUGUUCCCUCAAAGUACACGUGUUAUCCAAGUGUAUUUGGAAAGGGAGAUGCCUAGAAUGUGGUUUUCCUCCCUGCAGUCACUCCUCUCAAGUGUAUGUCAUGUCUAGGUCCCAAAUGUUUGGGGCCUGCUCUGCUCUGUCAAUGGGCUGCUUUCGGCAUGCCCUGCCCUUGGAAUAUGACCUCCAGGCUGAUAAGCUCUGUGAGACUGCUGGGGCCAGCCUGUGCAUGUGUUCCUGAAAAACUCUCUUGCCCCUUUUGGUGAGCCUCUACUGCCUCAGUCUCCUAACACUAGUAUAUCUUCAAAUAAUUUUGACUUACAGCAAAACUUUUAUGGUGUGGCAUGUUAGAUACUUUGGGAUGAAUGUGAUCCUAGGUGCUGGAUAAGGAUGAGUGGAUAGAGGAAGCUGUUAGGAUGAUGCAUUAUUUGAUAUUUGUGCCUAAUUAAAUGAGGUUAGAGGUUUGCAUACCAUGACCAUGCCUGUGAUCUGUAAAUCUUCUAAUAUUAAUGUUUGAGGCUGUGGAGCUAUUUCUCUGAAUCCAUGCACAAAGCAGUCAGCCUGAAUAGGCCAAAUGUGGCAGAGAUGGGAGAGCCUUAAAAGUUGGUUGGCCUUGGAGCCUCUGCCUGCAAGAUAGAAGGAGAAUGGAGACUGAAGCCCUGUAGCUGGUGCUGAAGAGGUGCCAUUUCAGCAGUUACCUUGAGAUGGGCUGAGCAGGAAGUUUGCUCUUUUCAUACACUAGACACAGUAGAACUGAAGAAUAGAGGUUGAAACUUUAGAGGAAUAGAAAUGGAUCAUUUGUACUGCUGCAGCUGCUUCUGAUAGCUGGAGCCAAAGACCAUUAUUUUGCUGAGGCUUGGGUAAGAAGGUUGGGGAUGUGAGGAGGUUGAAAAUGCUGAAGAGAAGA